AUGGCUGUGGCGUCGAUUGGCGCCUGCCUUGCCUUGCAGCAUCACAGCUCUCGCAGAGUCCGAGGGACGCACGUUGUUUUGCGAAGAGCCUCGCAGGUGGAAGCUGUGCGACUGGUCAGCGUGAAGGAAGGGCAGCUUGUUGUAGAUCAGACAAAUCUUGCUUUGCUCAUGGAGUCUUUGCGCGCAUCGUCAUGCGAGCGCGUAGCCGUCGUUUCGAUAGCAGGUGCCCUGAGACAGGGCAAGUCCUUCUUCCUCGACCUGUUUGCAAGAUACCUGGAGUCCUCUGAAGACAUGUUAUCUGGGUCUUUACAGGACAGUCAGCGAUUCUGCUGGAAAUCAGGUAUGGAGCGCGUCACAGAUGGAGUGUGGGCGUGCCCGCAAGUCUUUGAGGGACCAGGCUCUGCGAAGACAAGGGUUGGAAUUCUGCUGCUGGACACACAAGGCACCUACGAACCUGGAGCCUCCCGAUGGCAGAACAACUCACUGCUUGGUCUGGCCGGCUCACUGUCGUCUAUACUCCUCUUCAACGUCUCGAAACAGCUGCAACAAGACACUGUUCAAGAUCUGCAGGUGGCAAUGGACCUCUUGAAAAUGAGUUGCCGCCACCAUGGGCGUCCACGUCCUCCUUCGGACUCCAAAACCUUGACUUUUCUGGUGCGGGAUUGGGCUCAUGGGCAACAGCUGAAUGAAGGCCAGAACCAGAGCCCCAAAGAGCUCCCGAUGACAAGCCAGGAGCAAAGCAUCCUCGAGAGCUUCAUCCACUCAACCACCGAAGGGCAGGGUUUGGGGCAAUUCUUCGAAUCGCUGGAGUGCCGCACCUUACCUCAUCCAGGACAUAUAGACAGGCCUUCCUGGACAGGCGAUGCGAAAGAAAUCUCUGACGACUUCCUCGUCGGCUGCCGGGGGCUCUUCUGCACCCUUGCCACCAUGGCUAGCGCACAAACCGGCGCUGCAGUUACGGUUCAAGACUUUGAGCAAACCUUGCAGGAGUACAUUGCUGUCUUGAACUCUGCGAGAGAUCUGACCGAGUCUGGCACCAGCCACAGGCAGGCGCUGUCGGAUGUUAGCUUGCUCAGCGCCUUCGACCGCUCGCGCGCCUGCUACCGGGCCAGCCUGUAUCGGGCCGGGGCUUUGACCUGGAAGGCACGACUUCCGGAGAUCUUGAGCGGUGAGGUGGCAGGUGCCAAAGCGCUGGUUGCAGAGGAGCUGGUCGCUGCACACCGCAAGGCCAUGGAGGAAGCGGCUCAGGAGCUGCGGAGGAGCGCGCUCUUCGGAGAUGCUUGGGCUUGA